AUGAGAUCAUUAGGUUGUCACGAGUGCGUAGGAUUUUACGGAUCUCAAUUUGGAUGUCGUUUGACUAUCGAACGGAUUUCGCAUAUUGUGCGUUAUUCGGGUUCGAUAAGUUCUAACCGUUGGAUCGAAUUCGUGGAUCGUGAAUCGGAGCCCCGGAUGUUCCGAUUCAAUAAUUCGAAGUUUGUGGGAAUUAGCGAUAACCGUAGGAUGGGAAGCGAUUCCCAAACCUGGUAUUAUAUUAAUCAAGAGUUCGUAUCUCGAAAUAGGUACUUCGGUCGAUCGUUCGCAGCAGGCAGGACCCUCUCGGGGCCGGGCAGCGUGGGAUUACCUGUGAGUACCAUUCCCUGGUUACUAGGCUUCCCACACAUGGCGUUGGCAGUGCCGGUGUGGUGGGAAGGUCAUGAGAUUGCUGGUCCCAUACAUGGCGUUGGCAGUGCCGGACUUGAUAUGAGAUUUGUGAGCUACACGUGGCGUUGGCAGUGCCGGCGUGUGAGCUAUGGAGUUCCGUCCCCCGGUUGGACUACUCAUCCCUGGACGCGGGUUCUGGUUCGAAAAUCCUGCGUACCAGCCAACAAUCCCCCGGUUGGAUUGUCUUCCCCGAUUUUUGUGUGGGGUGCUGCUGGGUGGGAAAAACAGAGACGCAAAUUGUUCCAGAUUCCAGAUGGGAAGGAGUUGAGAUCAUUGUCAGAUACUUACAUCCAAAUUCACCAGAAUGAGCUGCACCCCCUUGCCAUAAACAAGACUCGCCUUGCAGUGUAUGAAGUGAAAGAACUAGCAUUUGUUUAG